AUGAACCUCCUACUCCUCCUCUCAUCCCUCCUCCUCACCACCACAACAACAGCCACAACCCUCAUCCCCGACCCGGGAAACCGCAUCACCAUCCCAACCUGGCACAUCCAACCCACCAACACCACAUACCCCCCAAACACACUCAACCUAAACCUCACCACCCCAGAUUCCCACUCCACAAUCCUCGCCACCCUCCUCCACCCUCAAAACCAACCGAACCCCAUCAUCCCGCCCUACAACGAAUCCGGCCUCUUCCACAGCACCACCCUCUCCACUAUCCCCACAACCCCCUUCCAAUCCCCCUGGCUCUACACCACCACCCUCACCCUUCCCAAUUCCCAGUCCCACUUAAACAAAAACACAACCAUCAUCCUCUCAACCCACGGCAUCUCCUCCCACGGGGACAUCUUCAUCAACGGCGCCCAAAUAGGUUCUAUAUCUGGUGCCUAUAACGGCCAGGAAUAUGAUAUAUCCCCACAGCUAAGAGAGGGGGUAGAGAAUGAGGUGCAAGUGAAAGUGUACCCCGUGGAUUAUACAAGGGAUUUUGGUAUCGGCUGGGCGGAUUGGAAUCCCUCGCCGCCGGAUAAGGGCAUGGGGGUUUGGAGGGGGGUGGAGGUUAGGGGGGUAUAUGGGGUUGCGGGUGGUUGUUGGGGAGAUAGAAGGAGUUCUGGAGUGCAGUUUGCUGAAGCUGUCACUCUACGAGGUGGGGAAGUUACUACAGUUGAAGCAGAGGUUACCAUCAAGAAUCCAAAGAUAUGGUGGCCCGCUACCUGGGGAAAGCAGGACAUGUACACUGUCUCUGCGAACUUCACUCUCAGUGACGGAACAUUAUCCGAUACAGCGGAGUGCUCAUUCGGGAUCCGGUCUGUCACUGCGACAUUUACCGAACACGGGGAUGAAAAAGAUGCCUCGUUCAGAGUGAACGGAUACCCCUUCCACGUCCGAGGCGCAGGAUACAGUCCUGAUAUAUUCCUCCGGUUCGAUAUAGACCGUGUACGCACACUCCUACAAGCUGUGCUAGAUAUGGGGCUUAACACCAUCCGACUUGAGGGAAAACUCGAACACCCACUGUUCUAUGAUCUGGCCGACAGAAUGGGCAUCAUGGUGUUGGCGGGAUGGGAGUGUUGCGAUAAGUGGGAGGCGUGGGAGUACAACACCGACCUCCAACCCUCCCACCCCUGGACAAACCACGACUACCUAACCGCCACCUCAAUGCUCACCCACACAUCCCUCCUUCUCCAACCCCACCCCUCCAUUCUCGCCUUCCUCCUCGGCUCCGACUACCCCCCCAACCCCCGUGCCUUUACCCUCUACACAACAGCCCUAAACCACUCCGACUGGACCGCCCCCAUUAUCUCCUCCGCCUCUGCCCGCAUCCACCCCUCCGGAAUGAAAAUGCUCGGUCCUUACGACUGGGUGCCCCCCAACUACUGGUACGGCGAGCGCCUCGGCGCAGCAUACGGCUUCGGUUCAGAGCAAGGCGCAGGUGUAGGGACUCCCGAACUACCCAGUCUGCGACGGUUUCUCUCCGAGGAAGAGCUAGAUCGUCUGUGGAAAGACAAGAAUGCAGCGAUGUACCAUAUGUCUCCUGCUGGAUCGCAGUUCCAUACAAGGGGGGCGUAUAAUGCUGCGCUGUGGGGGAGAUUCGGCAAGCCGACGUCGCUGGAGGAGUAUGUGUUUCUGGCGCAGGUGGUGGAUUAUGAGGCCACUAGGGCGGAGUUUGAGGCGUUUGCGGUGAGGCAGAAUAGAUCUGGUGCUGAUACUACUACUACUGGUGGUAAUGGAGGGGGUAGGGCGGCGACGGGCGUGGUGUACUGGAUGUUGAAUAGUGCGUGGCCGAGUUUACAUUGGCAGCUUGUGGAUUAUUAUCUUAAGAGAGGGGGCGCGUAUUAUGGGGUGAAGGUUGGUGCGAGGGGGGUGCAUGUUGCGGUGGAUUAUGAGAGUGGGGAGGUGUAUGUGGUGAAUCAUGGGGUGAAGAGGGGGGAGGGGAGGGUGGUGGUUGUUGAUGUUGUGGGGUUGGAUGGGAAGAAGUUGUAUCAUGAGGAGGUGGAGGGUGUGGUGAUGGGUCCGACGAUGUCGAAGAAGGUUACGUCUGUUGUUCCUUGGGUUGGGGGGUGGGAUGGGGUGGUCUUUCUGAGACUAUUGUUGAAGGAGAGUGGGGGAAACGUGCUGAGUAGGAAUGUGUAUACCCUCCCUGGGCAACUUGAUGUUCUGGAUUGGGAUGAGUCGACGUGGUAUACGACGCCUGUUAGUGAGUAUGCGGAUUUCUCGGUGCUGAGGAAGUUACCUAUGGUGGAGGUGGGAGUUAGUGGGAAGAUGGGUGGUGGUGGAGGGGUGAGUGUCACGUUGGAGAAUCAGGAUAAGGCGCCGGCGUGGUUUGUGAGGAUCAGCAUGGUGGAUGAGGCUGGUGGGGAGGUGGAUGUGUGGUGGGAGGAUAAUUAUGUGAGUGUGUUGGGGGGAGAGAAGGUGGUGGUGAGUGGGAGUGUGGAUAACAGUAGGAAGAUGGGGAUAGGGAGGAUGAGGGUUGUGGUGGAGGGGGGGAAUGUGCGGAAAACGGGAUGCUAUAUCUCUUGA